UGGAGACUGAGGACCGUUUGCUAGGUGGUAGAUAGCGCUAGUCAGCGACCAGCUAGCCGUCAUGGGCGACAUGUGAAAGUCGUAGCUACUUACCCAAAGUUUUGCUUUGGAAACGUCGGAGCGUGGUUUGCUUGUUGGAUUCAACAGUGUGCAUCGCAGCUUUUUGUCAUACCCAUCGGGCAUAGCGUACAAGGCAGAGCGCAGCCGGCGAUUCGAUCGAAGCUGGCGAGUCUGAACCUGAUGGCAGGCGUUUCUGCGCACUGCUUGCUCCUUGUCUUUUUGGGCAGUCUGCUUUCAGCUGCACUUGCACAGUCGGAUGGGCCGCAAAUGCUGCUCUUUGGCGACCAUGUUGCGAUGGCGAGAGCGGGCCCCAACUUUCCCACCACGCAGCUGACCUUUGAAACGUGGCUGAAGUCGCACGAUACUUGCCACAAGUCCACGCCGUUCUCCUACAGCGGCCCCAACAGUCCCGGCGGCAAUGGAUUUGUCAUCUUUGACUCGGGCGAUGACAUGAUUAUCUGCAUAGAGGAGCUGUACAUCGUUCCAACAUGCUAUGGGUGGCAAGAUAAUGGGAUCAAAGUCGGCCUCUCGGACGGGCUUUGGCACCAUCUGGCGGUCACUUGGAAUGGCGAGCAGAGUGGCCGGGUGAUGAUCUACGUGGACGGGGUGCUGGCGAAGGCCUUUGACACCUUCAAAACGGGGCCGCUACCGGGCGGCGGAAUCAUGGUCCUUGGCAAUGAACAAGAUUGUGUGGGCGGCUGCUUUGAGACGGGCCAAUCGUAUUACGGUGCCAUGGACGAGAUCCGGCUCUGGAGGGUGGAGCGGAGCCAGGCCGAGAUUCUGCAGUUGAUGCACCAGUCAGGUAACCCAGUUCUGUCAGCGCCAGGAGCCAAGGACAAUCUGGUGGGCUAUUGGCCGCUUGAUGAGAGAGGCGGGGACAUUACUUUUGACAAGAGCCAUCGAGGGGGCAACAACUUCAACCUGACAUUCCCUCCCGUUCACAACGUCACGAACGAGAUGUUCCCGCUCAGGGGAUCAACGAACAAAGUCCUUGCCUUCUCCAACAACUUCGCAAGGAGCACAGCUGUGAAGACGUUCCCGACGGGCAGCUUUUCGGUGGAGAUGUGGGCCGUUGAUCAGAAGAACCUGGACGCAGGCUACGUGAAUGAGGGCCGUAGCACUCUCUUUUCAUACGCGGCCGAAGUCAGCACCCCAGAUGAGUCGGGCAGCCACUUUGAGCCCCUGGCGGUCUGGAUCUACAAGGACAACUCGGACGACCUCAUGAGCGUCGUUAUCAACUCCAUGGUUUCUCGCGACACCGAAGUGUUUGCGGAAGACCACAAGUGGCACCACUACGCGCUGACGUGGGACGUAACCACCGGGGUAGCGAUCCUCUACAUGGACGGGCAGAAGAUGUGGGACGGCAGUGUCGACGCAGGGGCGACACGAGCUGCCAACGGGUGUCUCGUUUUGGGGCAGAACCAGCAUUGCUGCGGCGGUUGUUUCGCCAGCGAGGAGAGCCUGCACGGAGGGCUCGCAGAGGUCCGGGUGUGGGAUAAAGUCCUCUCUGACGCUGACAUUAGCGCCCACUACAACCAGCCUAUCCAGAAUCCGGCCUCAGAGAAGGACCUUGCAAUCUACUAUGAUUUCCAGAGGGAUCAAGAGUCCCGGUAUAUGAUCGUGGAUGCUUCCGGCAAGGGCAAUGACCUCAUUCUUGGGAGCGCAGCGCCCCUUUGGCAGGAAUCCACGUGUCCUCUGGAGGGCGAGUCCAAAGGCCCACCCCCGAACAGGAAAGGAUAUGCCGCCAGCCUCGACGGAACAGAGGCCCUCCUAGCCACGGCGGUGAAGGGUUUGGCUAAUGACCAGUUUACGUUCGAGGUCUGGAUGCGCUCAAUUGACGUGUGCAACGAUGGCACGCUCUUUUCGUACCGCUUUGGUAACGGACCUGCGGACCAAGUCUAUCUGAUUAGGCGAUCCGAUUUGCGGGUGGGGCUCGAGAUCGCUGUGAACGGGGACGUGAAAGGCACUGGCCUGCGAGCUGCCGACGGCACGUGGCACCACAUCGCAGUCACGUGGAACUCUGCAGACGGGAGGACGAUUAUGUACAACGACGGGGUGGAGGUGUUCCGGGACACCUUCUCGAAGCAAAAGGCGAUUGCGGAGGGGGGCACGCUGUCCAUUGGCGGCCACCUGGGCUGCGUGGGCGGGUGCAUAAAUUCCUCAAGCCCGAUCAGUCCCGGGGACUCUUUCGUGGGCGACUUGGACGAGAUCCGACUCUGGCGAAAGGCGCUCAGCGCGGCAGACAUUGCUGCCCGGUGGAAGAUGUUUGAUAUCAAGGCGACCAGCGAUCUGGCUGGGUAUUGGACCUUCGACGAGGGCCAGGGUUUCGCCACCCGGGACGUGGGUCGGUACGGGAAUCACCUUUCCUUUACAAGGCCGCCCACGUUUUUGAUAAGCACUGCUGGCGAGUAUGCUGCGACAGGGGGGCAGCCCCCUCCAGGGGGCAGCCGGAAGGGCUUCCGAUGGGCAUCAUUUUUCAUCACUGUCCUGGGCUUGGCGGUGUUGGGCGCCGUCGGUUAUCUCGUGUACCUAAGAUGGGAGGUCGUCUCGCCACUUGUGGACGUGGCUUUGGAUACGGGUGUGAACGCGUUCAACAGCGUGAAGGAGCGCUUAUUUGGGCAGCGCUAUGCGCGGAAUACGCUCCUGGAGGAGCUCGACGGGGGCCUCGAUGACUACACGCCGCCGCCAGAAGACAUGGCAGACUUUAGUGCUGGAAGGCAUUAACAUUUUUGGAUCUUCUGCUCCUGCCGUUGUAACCAAAGCUUAGGCGCAAUGCUAUCUCAAAAUCUUACAUUCCGUUGUUUUGAACACCUG